AUGGUGCGCCUCUCCCCCAUCAUCGGCGCCUCCUCCGCCCUCCUCUUUGCGUCCUCGGCAGCCGCUUUCCGUGACACCUCCCCUCUCCUCGCUUGGUCGUCUACUCCCAACGAGGCCCUCAACGAGGCUUCCUCCGAGGUCACAACCGGUGCCAUUGCCGCUGAUGCCGUCUUUGGCUCGCUCCCCAGCGUUGGCUGUGACUGGGAUGUCGUGAUGGUCGUGCACAUGGACGAGGCCAACACUGACAACGCCCAGCUGCACCAGUCCCACGUCGCCGGCCUCACCCUCCCAUACGAGUCGUCCAAGGCCGACCUCCACAUCCCCUUCCUCGUCCGCCCCGAGCGCAAGUCGCUCGAUACCAGCGUCGAGGACUGGGCCAAGCAGUGUGGCGCCGAGCUUGUCGACGAGUACACCCCGUCCGUUACCGGCGGCCGUACGUUUGUCUACUACAACGCCGAGCACGGUGACGUCGCUCUCCCUUCUGGCCUCCCUGAGAAGCACCUUGUUGUGCUCGUCGGCACCCGCGACCUGACCAAGCGCCAGUUUGACGAGGAGAUCCCGUUUGAGGCUGAGAACGAGGCUGAGGAGGAGGUUGCCACCGAGGCCCCCGUCAAGGUCGCUGCCCCUGGCAACGGCACCACGGCCCCCGGUAACGGCACCGAUGGCUCGUACCCCGACUACUUUGACAUCUUCACCACUCCCCUCAUCACUGCCUUGCUCGUGUCGUUUGGCCUCCUCCUCCCCAUCCUCCUGUUUGGCAUCUACUCGCUUGCCGGCAUCCAGGUGCCACCUCGCAUGAUGGAGAUUGGCAAGAGCUUGUCGGUGAACAAGGACCGCAAGGACCAGUAG